AUGAAGUAUGAGGAGUACAUGCAAGAACAGAAGGAGAAGAAGAAUCUACCUGGUGUUUGCUUCAAGAAACCCAAGAAGAUUCUGAAGAAAAGAGAUCAUGUUCCUUCUCAGAUUGCUUUAAACGAAGCAACAACUGUCCUCGUGAAUGCAAAGUUUGUAAUGGAACCUUUUUCCCGGAGCUUAGGAUGGUUUAACGAGAAUGCUCAGAAGCUUCUUGAGUUACAUUUAGCUUCUAGUUUCAAAGUGUCUUAUUUGGUUCGAAGGCAAUACUCGCAAAACGAGCCAUCAUCUUGGCUAUGGGUUCGAGCUGAUCUUGCUCGAAAUGGUAUCUUCGACUAUGAAAAACUUAAGAAAACUUGGAACAUGAGGAUGGUGGAUCAGUCUGAAAAGUGCAAAGAGAGUGUGAUGGAGAGUAAGAAAGAAGAAGAAGCGAUUGAAUUGAAAGUGAAGAAAGCGCGGUUUUGUUUCUGCAAGAAACAGAGAAAGGAUUGUGGCCGGAAGAUUACAGUCUCUCCGACCACGCUUGUCUGA